AGCAACGGAAGUGACGUAAGGGCAGGACAGAGUUGGAGGGUUCGGGUAAAAAUGGCUGAAUAUUUAGCUUCGAUAUUCGGGACUGAGAAGGACAAGGUUAACUGCUCUUUUUACUUUAAGAUCGGGGCCUGCCGGCACGGGGACCGGUGCUCCCGGCUUCACAACAAGCCGACUUUCAGCCAGACCAUAGUGCUGCUCAACCUGUACCGGAAUCCACAGAACACCGCCCAAACCGCAGACGGAUCGCACUGUCACGUGAGCGACGUGGAGGUGCAGGAACACUAUGAUAACUUCUUCGAGGAGGUGUUCACGGAGCUGCAGGAGAAGUAUGGGGAGAUUGAAGAGAUGAAUGUGUGCGACAACCUGGGGGACCACCUCGUGGGCAAUGUCUAUGUCAAGUUUCGGCGAGAGGAGGAUGCAGAGCGGGCAGUGGCCGAACUCAAUAACCGCUGGUUCAAUGGGCAGGCUGUGCACGCUGAGCUGUCUCCUGUCACUGACUUCCGGGAGUCGUGCUGCCGGCAGUAUGAGAUGGGGGAAUGUACCCGCGGUGGUUUCUGCAACUUCAUGCACCUGCGGCCCAUCUCCCGGAACCUCCGACGUCAGCUGUAUGGGCGGGGACCCAGACGCAGGUCACCCCCGAGGUCUCAUACCGGCCACCGUCCCCGAGAAAGAAACCGACGACGUUCCCCAGACCACCGGCAUGGUCGCUUCUGAGACCCUGGCUCCCUUGACCCACUCCUGACGGGCAUCAGUGUUCCUGGCCAGGACCCCUCCUGAAAGCUCCCUUACCUCGCCAGCGCCGUCUUCCCCAGACUCCGGGGCUCCAAGAUGUAAUCUGUUCAACACAGGGAUCUUCUCUUACCACCCCUUCCCUAAUAAAGUUCUCUAUUGAGGGUUUAGAA